AUGCCCGACCGCGCAGAGGCGGGCGCGGGCGCGGGCCGUCCCGGCCACACCCCGGCGAGCGCGGGCGAGCUCCGCCCCGGCCACACCCCGGCGGGCGCGGGCGAGCUCCGCCCCGGCCACGCAGAGGCGGGCACGGGCGCGGGCCGCCCCGGCCACACCUCGGCUGGCGCUGGCGAGCUCCGCCCCGGCCACGCAGAGGCGGGCACGGGCGCGGGCCGCCCCGGCCACACCCCGGCUGGCGCUGGCGAGCUCUGCCCCGGCCACGCAGAGGCGGGCGCGGGCGAGCUCCGCCCCGGCGGGCGCGGGCAAGCUCCGCCCCGGCCACGCGGGGCGGGUGCGAGCUCCGGCCACGGCUCUUCCCCGUGCAGCUCGUUGUGCAGCGUCCUCUCCCGACCCCUAUGCGGCGGGUAG